AUGUUAUCCACACACCUGCCCCUGUUGGUGUUCAAGUGUUUCCUCUGUGUCGCGUCGGUGGGGCUUGCGCAGCCAGCUGGCUCCACGAGCGCACAGGACGCAAGCUUCCCUCAGCCGUCGUCCUCAGGUGACCUGGACCAGGACGUCCUCCUCCAACACAUGUCCAAGCUGUACGAGAGAUGCAACAGGGAACAGCGACUCAAAGAGGGCAACACGGCCAGGAGCUUCAGAGCAAGCCAAGUGCCCUCUGACUUCAGGACAGUGUACCACCUAAACCUUACGACGCUCCAAGACUCUGAGGUUAUCCUGUCAGCCACAUUCCACUUCCUGGUCGGACAGCUCACUCCUCAAAAAGCAUGGCUCUGUAAACGUUUCAAGAGCGCAUCCUGCCGGUCCUCAGCCAUGCAGCCAUCUCUAUCCAUUAGACUGUUACUUCGUGCUGUCUCCUCAGGGUCGGGAGACAGUUCUGGGUCAAGCGGGUCAUUGCUAGGAAAUGUGACCUUCCACCCCCAGAGGAGAGGGGUGUGGCAGAUGAAAGACGUGACCCAGGUCAUCAAGGAGGCAAGGGACAAGGGUCAUCGCCAAGUGUCAGUGGAGAUGGACUUAGGGCAGGAGUACCAGAGGAAAGCAGAAGAGUCAGGCAUGGCCUUCCUGUUAGUCUACGCAGAUGACCUAACUUUGGCCGAACCUAAUAGUGUGUCCCUAGGUCUUCAGAGGUAUGACCCAUUCUCUGAGGGUGGGGGGGCCUCUCAGUCACCCCACCUCCUAUAUGGAGACAAUUUCCCACCAGAUUUGAAAGGACGCACAAAGAGGGAAGCAACUAUUCUUCCAGAUUCCAUUCAGAACAAUGAGCUUCCCGAGGUUGACUACAGGUCUGAUGGUUACAGGAAGGACGACCUCUGGGAGAGCUCCUGGUAUCCCAAAUCGAAAGUCGGAAAGCAGGAAAAGAAAAGGAAGAACCACGAUGACGGGGGCCACAAUGGUAGAGACAGACAUGAUCGAGAAGAAUCUUCAGAAAGAACAUCAGACAGGUCUAGAUCUGAAGGCUCAGCUGUGAGAGGACACAAAGAUAGCCAUACCCAAGUGGUAGACAGUCGAAGGCAAGAGCAGCGACAAGAGGUGAGGGAUACAAGGAAGCACAAUAAGGGAAGUUCACAUCAAUCUCGCUUACCUGUUUUGAAUUUUGAUGAUGAAACCAUGCGCAAAGCCAGAAGAAAGCAGUGGGGAAACACUGUGCACCACGGCUGCUCCAGAAAGAACCUCAGAGUGGAUUUUGCAGACAUUGGCUGGAGCGAGUGGGUCAUAGCACCCAAGGCCUUUGACGCCUACUAUUGCUCAGGCACAUGUGGAUUUCCUAUGCCCAAGGUGGUGAGACCCUCAAACCACGCCACCAUUCAAAGCAUAGUCAGAGCCGUCGGGAUUAUUUCCGGGGUUCCGGAGCCCUGCUGCGUCCCAGAGAGGAUGAGUCCUCUGGCGGUCCUUUACCAAGAAGAAUCCAAGGAUCUGGUGCUCAAGAUUUACCCCAAUAUGUCUGUAAAGUCCUGUUCCUGCAGAUAAAAUUUUAACAAUAAAGCCCCACUUCACAACAACGCGGAUGGAGUGUGAAGGAAAAAGUCAUGUGGAGACGAGAACAUGGAGUCAACAUGGCUUGGUGUUGUUUACGCAGGAAGACGGGCUGAAAAACAGUAAUCCCCCUGUUAUCUAUCCAGUGACUGCAGACUCUUAUCUCGACAUUCGUGGUGAAGGCAAAACUUUCAUAAAAGAAUCACAGAGAAGUUAACACAGAGAAUUUAGAGACAUAUUUUCUAUUUAUGCUAAUGUACUCUGUACAGCUGUACCCAUUUCAAGACGUCUCUUAUGCUACCACUUUGUCAUAAAGGCAUUAUACGCUGUGAUGUGCUAAAAAAAAAAAUGAACGGUUACAUAUGGAAUUCCUUCUCACCACAUCCCCUCUCAUAACAUCUCCAAAGUAUUAUAUCGAAAGCAGAGAUGUUUUCUUAUGUUUUUCCCAAUGAUGAGGCUCUGGGCUAUUUAGAUGUGACUUUGUACAUAUGUGUUUAAAUUAUGAAAAUGGAAAAAGCAGCUGUCUAUAAAGGUAGAAUACAAUAGUAAUUUAAUCCAACACUAGUAUAAUUUUUUUAAAGCUAUAUUUUUGUCUGUCUUAUUCUUUGCUUUAUACUGGGUUGUUUGGAAGGGGGGCAUUUUGUCAAAACAGACCUAAAAGGCACAACUGUUCAAAAAGAAGUGACGACAAAGGCAGGAAGAUUCCACUCAAACAUACCUUCUUCC